CAUAUCCAACACAUAAAAGGGGGAAGGCUAGAUUUUCACCCUCAGGCUAGGGAGAAAUUCCUUCGGUGGAGAUCGAAGCAGGGCUAAGGAAACCGCGUGGGGAAGAAGGACUCCUCGACGCUUUCCUUCUGAACUGUUCGCUCCCUUUCCCGCGGCUCCGGGCUACGGCUGCGGAGUCGGAGGUAACGAGAGCCUCGGCUACAUCCUGCAGGCGCCUCGGGAGAGGUUCCCCCCGGUCUCUGGGGAGAAGGGGGUGUUGCGGACGAGCGAGCCCCGUGGAGCGGGCGGGGCCCGCGGCCGCCCCGGGUCCGCCCCUGCGCUCAGCGCCGCGGGCGCGGAGCCCGCCCGGCCCCGGAGCGGAGCCGCUCCUGCCGCGGGGCCAUGGCCCUGCUCCCGCGGCGCUUCCUCUGCUUCGUCCUGGGAGUCUCUCUUCCCGUUCCUGAGCCGCAGGGAGAGCAGGCAGCCAGAAGUGCUCGUUCAAACAGGCUUCUCUCAGCCCAGCACUUCAUCGCGGCGACGGCGUGCCAGGAGCCGGACUACGGCUGGAUGAUCCGGCACUACUGCCUGAAGCAGUUCCAGCUCAGCAUGGAGGGCAUUGGGCAGCGGCUCUGGUGCGACUGGGAUGAGACUGUGGGCACGUACGGGGAGCUGACCAACUGCACGGUGCUGAUCGCCGAGAGGCUCGACUGCUACUGGCCCAACCGGCAGGUGGACGAGUUCUUCGUGGCCGUGCACAGACAGUACUUCAGGAACUGCUCCCCGUCCGGGCGGGCGCUGCACGACCCCCCCAACGCCGUCCUGUGCCCCUUCAUCCUGCUGCCCGUGCUCGUCACCCUGCUCAUGACCGCGCUGGUGGUGUGGAGGAGCAAACGCAGCGAGGGCAUCGUGUAGGGAACGCCCCGCGGCCAGCCCAGGGGAGGGACGGGGGGAUCUCCCCUGGAACGUGCCUGGUUUUUUUGGGAAGACCCUGGCAGAGGAGCAUCACGGAGGGUACCAAGUUCUGGAAGCAGAGACAGCAUCGCCACUGCUCCUCUUCACCAGUACCCUCUGUGCCACACCCCCGGCCGUUUCCCAAUGAAUGCAUCAUUUAAGACAGGGUUGUUGGGCAAAAUGGGAUUCUGGGGGCCAGUGAGGCUGUCAUGGACUGCCCAGGCAGCUGGGAGUUCUCCUGGGAUACCGGGGAGCACCGCUCACCCCAGGCAUCAGCACUGCUCUGCUCCGCCUUUCCCAACUGCUUCCUCCCUGGCAACCCCCAGCAUUGUGUGCCAAGAGAGAAGAAUUUUUAAAGGGAAAAAAAAAACGUACAAGGAAAGGGGGUGUGGGGAGUUGAAAUCCUACUGUUCCCACAGUGCCGGCGCAGCAUCGACGUGUAACCACAAGGCCGGCAGGUCUGGGCGCAGAGAAACCUCCACGGCUCCCUCUUUUUGUCCCUUUUAUUUUUUGUUCAGCACACUUGGAAAGGCAUCUUUUCCCCCCGUCCCCAGCCCAAGGACAAGGCCUGCACAGGGUGGGUUUUGCCUGGAUGACAGGCAGCAGUGGGUGAAAGUUGGCGCUGGGAGCUGGUGGCACUGGUGGUGACCGUGGCAAUGCCCUGGGGGGCUAAUGAGGAAUGGGAAUAAGGUGCUUUUCCUAUCUAAAUAAAUAAAUACCUACAUAAACCAGG